GUUGCAUAUUCUGGAAUGCUGAAUAAGAAAAACAAUUAAAAAUAAAUGUAAUUAACUUCAUGAUAAGCAAACAUGAUGGCGGAAAAUAUUAUACGAUGUUAAAUGCAUGUGAACAGUAGGACAAACACAUCAUGUGCGAUGUAUGUUCAGAUGUGCUCGUGCUUCUUGAAAACCACGAUGACCGGGUGCACUGUAAAGAAGGUCUUCAUCUCAACAAGAAAGAAAUCCAGUCCGUGUUGUUGUAUGUCUGCACGUGGCCACAGAGGCAGUGCAUGUGCUGCUACAAAGACUUCAAGAACUUCGAGCGAUUCAACAACAUAGUGCAGAUCAUUCUCACCGUCGCUAUCCGCUUCAUCCAGAGCCUGCCAAUCGACUAUGAAAAAGAACGCGAAAAGGAGGAGGAAAAAAACACAAAACGGGAGCAGGAGGCUGUAAAGACUGACGAGGUGAAGUGUGAUGGAGGAAUUUCCGAAGAGCAGAAGACUGAAGGCGAGGCAUCUGGGUCGAAGAAAGACGAUGUGGCGGUUGACGAUGUGGCGGUUGACGAUGUUGAGAUGGAGGAGGACGAACACUGGAACAUUGAGGAGAAGGAGAAGCUGCUGCAGUUUGUCACUAAAGUCUUCUUGAUGAACUUCCCCUCGUACCUCGCAUACAAACACGUCGUUCAUUCAUCACUCGAGGAAUUGUCUCAGCAAGAAACCAGUGCUUUGAACAACUACUGUGAAAUAUCCGAUCCUGAUGUUCCGCUGUACUUGUUGCGAAAUGUUUGUUUCUUCUGUGAUAGCAACGGCAUCACGUCCCUCAAGUCGUGUUUCGAGAAAGCCACAUCAAACACACUUCCUUUCACAUUUGCACAUAUGCUCAUCAACCUCAUUGCUAAUCUCCGGUUAUGGAUGAAUAUUCCCACCAUCAUGCAGUGUAUUAUUCCAUUAAGAACAUCAGUCAUUAGGUACAUGUGUAAUCUGUCGGACAAAGAUCUGCGAAUGGCUGGAAGUCGAAGCAUGACUGACCUGAUGUGGGCGGCGGUCAAAGAACCCCUCGACACGCACUUCACAUUUGACCGGGAAGGUCUGGAGUUGGCCUUUAAAUACUUCACAUGUUCAACACUGACCAUCCGUCUAGCAGGCAUUGCUCAGUUAAAUAAUCAAAUUACCCUUUACAAUGAGAGCUGCAAUAAUGAGACACUAGUAGAUGCAGAAAAAGUCGGCAAUGAAAUUGCACAGUGGCUUAUAGACAAGAAAAUAAUAGAACAUAUCUUUGGCCCAAACCUGCAUGCUGAGUUGAUCAAGCAGAAUCAGAUGAUUCUGAAUUUUCUGGCUGUUGAGAACAGAAUCACCAAUGAACAUCUCGACUGCAUUUGGGCGGCUAGUCAGCUGAAGUACUGUGGAAAACAAGUGUAUGAUAUUUUGAUUCCACUCAUCAAACAUCUGGAACUACCACCCGUUCAACAUUUACUUAAACUAGUAUCUAGUCUGGAACCGUCGGCACACACAGAAUCGACACUGUAUCUUGUGUCUGCUCUGAUCAAGCGAGUGUGGAACACAUGUGGUGCCACCCACCACCACGUCGCAGCCAUACAACAGAACAUCCCCACCCACCUCCAGGCCUACACGGCCAUCAGACAGGAGGAUGAGGAGAUGGAAGUCGCAGGUCUAGGUAAGCCAGGAAAGCACGAGGUCAGCAGCAGUGAGAGCAUUCAUGAAUCUGAGGGAGAACACACGAAGCAGAUUGACAGCAGUAUGAUUAAGAGUGCUGAAGUGGGAGAAGGCGGCAGUAUCCACCACUGUUGUCACCACCAGCACAAACAUGUGACCGGCGAGUCGGAGAGCAGUCUCGGGAUCGGAUCCGACUUCAGCGAGGAGUCUGAAAUUGACGAACAGCUUGUUGCAAAUGAACAGUUGAAACGUUUAAGACAGAUAAAGCUCGCCCAGGCUCACCACGCGGGACUACGAGGGGCGGGGAGCGACAGCGAGGUGGAGUGCAGUGAGUCUAGCGACGAACACGAACACGUGAAGGCUCUGGUGGUGCAUAAGAGAAUCCACAUGCACAAGGGACUGAAGAAGAAACACGUCUCAGGGCAGGAGGAGUCUGAGGGCGACAGCUCGGAGAUGGAGGAGUGCUGUGAACACAGCCACGAGGACGAAGAUUCGGAGUAUCUGAACUCGGAGGAUGAGGAGCUGAUGAAGGAGGCACGGCUCGUCAAGAUCAAACACUUGUGUCACCGCGAAAGCGAGGACAGCUCAGACUUCGAUGACGAUGAUGAAGAGGCAAAGGUCAUCCGUGAGGUCAAGCUGCAGUGUCACGCGCGCGAGGUUGUUCAGAAACACCGGCGCAAGCAGCUCGAGCGACACCGGCAGCAGCACCUACUGCACCAGGCGGCACAGCUCGUGUUACAGAGACAGCACAAGAUGGACGGGCGGCAACAGGUGGUCGGGCACGCCAAGUCAAACAAGUCGUUUUCCGACGAUAUGGAGAAAGGUCUCGGGCAGAGUGACGAGAAUCUGGAGAAGAUGAAGGUUUCUGAUGUAGGGAACACGUCUCAGGAGUCACUGGACUCGGACAUCGUUGUGACGGCGGCUGUGAUGGAAGAGUAUGAGCGGCAGCACCACGAGCGCACGGAGAAAUCUGAGGGAGAGAUCGAAACCUUUGACUGCUCAUCCAUCGUACAGCACUUGAAGGCAGCUCACAGAAACAGACAGUUCCAGGGUGAAUAUGCGGAGGACAUUUUAAGUCCGGACGAUGGCAGUUGUCACAGCUCUCACCUCAGCACAAAGUCGGAUAAAAACAUGGCCGACUUUGAGGGGGAGGAAGGGUUGAGUGAGGAGGAACUCGCUCAGAUCAACGCCCAUGCCCACUACAACAGUCAGCAGAUGCAGCAGCUGAACAUGUACCAGAACAUUCCUCACUGCAUUGUCCAUCAUCGGCCACCACAGAAAGACAUCAGCAUACCGUCAUGUCCUGACUCAACGUUCGACGAUGUUUGUAAGAAAGGCAACACUCUGCUGUGGGAUCUAGUGCAAGAAGACGUUGCCUGUCAGUUGCCAGAAGGGUUAGCAGUGGAAGCGGAGAAGGCACUGUGUACUCUGGUGUGCUACUCGACCGAUAAACGAAUCCGGACCAAGUUUAUUGCAGCCUGCAUUGACAAUCUUGCUAGUCACAAAUCUGUUGUGGUCUCUCUGCGUCUUUUGCCAAAAAUCUUCAGCUCAUUUCAACAGUACCGGAGUGGAGCUGACACUCACACCAUUACUAUGUGGGCCGAAAAGGAGCUUGGGAUGAUGACCCAUUUCUUUCAAGAUCUCGUCCACUACAACAACACAAUGAAUAACCAGUCUAAUAUACUGUACAGCCACCAAGAACAAGUUCAAGUUCGACUUCUGUUUCUCACCUGUGUUUUCUCCACGUUAUCGCCGGACGGUUUCAGGUUAAACCAGAAACAAGUGGAUGAACUGUGGGAUUGUCUGGCAUUGGACCCCGAGUGUACCGAUGAUUGUCUUAGCUGGUUUCUCAAUCAGGCCAAGAGCAAGGACCAUCAUGCACUGGGCCUCGAGACGUUCAAACAUAUCUUCCUGGAAAAGAUGCCACAGCUGCGGUCGGAGACGAUGAGCAUGAUUGGGUUGAAUCUGUUCCAGCAGCUCUCCCAGCUCGCCCGCGUUGCCAACGACUCACUGGACAACCCCAUGUCAGAGGACCAGGUGUGUGGGAUGGACCAGCUGUGGAGUAUUGCUCUGCGAGCGACUGACAAGGAUGUCAGCAUGGCGGCGAUCCAGUAUCUCAACCUCUACUACAUCGGCUUCGGCAACGGCCUGCUGGACAAGGAGGAGGAAUUCAUCAAACGCUGCAUGAAGAACUUGCUGCUCGCGCUCGCCACAAUGAAGGAGGAUGCCAGUGCGAGUUUACUGAUCAUCAAACGAGGCUUGACUCUGUUGAAGACGCACCUGGAAGCCUUCAAGAAGCGAUACUCGUACCACCUGCGUAACUGGCAGAUCGACAGCCAGGGAAUUAUCAGUCAUCAGCAGCUGAGGAUGGAAAAGAAUUCCGCUAACGUCCGCAUUCUACUUCAACCUGGUGGCAUGACAGAAAAGACCCAGCUAGACAUGAUGUCCACCGACCUGGUUGCUGAGUUACGCGCGGAGGUGGCGCGCUGGUGGGAGACCCUUCAAUGCCAGCAGCAGGUCCAGCGCAAGCAGGCGGAGGGGAAGCACGGGCUGGUGUCGCCCAUCCUCGGGGCCAUGCUGGGCGACGGUCCCAUCCGCAUGAUCACACAGGGCCAGGAGCUGACUGUCGACAUGGAUGAGAAGACACUCGGAGAAAUGCAGUUCAAAGACUUGCAGCUUGUGUUUGUGUCAGUUGGAGCCAGUCGACAGCCAAGGAAACUGGACGGAACUUUGCCGUCUUCGAGUCUCCCGUCCCCGCCACGAGAGAGACUUCCCAUGAUAAUCCUGCUGCAGGAACCACACUUUGACAACCUCUUCAUGUUGUUACAGCAGCUCGGGGACUGGGAGUUUGAGUUCUCCGCAAUGGAAAAUCAUGAUCGGGCUGCGCUACAAGCCGAAGCUCGCAGGUUGUCGAGGAAUGUGUGGGAGUUGUUACUGAUCCUUCCAACUUGUCAAAACUAUCUCAAUGGCUUCAAAAGUCUCGCCACAGAGAAGGUUACUGGUGAUUCUGAUGGUACAGUAACGGUGGAUUGGGACAGCCUACUACCUCUGUCAAGUCCCCACAAGCUGUACUACUCCCUACAGAUUAUCGAGUCCAUGUCGCACAGUGCAAAACUGAGACGCAAGUCACUGAUGCUGUCUGGAGGCGGUGAUGCCACCAGUCUGGAUUCAGAAGAAGAAGCAACAGAGAAUCUUUGGAAUCAAAAUUUUGUUGAGAAAGGUGGUUUGAGUCAUCUGUUGAAAAUCUUUAUGUCGGGAACUUUACAACCCAAGGAUGAUGGAAGCUGGAGUCAGUGGAAUCAGGAGUGUCUGGCCUACCUGCUCCAGCUCAUCACCAAGUUCGCAGUGAAUCCAGCAGAUCUCGAAACUGGUCCAGAGGAUGCGUACGAUAUCUUUGAAAGUCCAAAGAAAAAGCCAAAGAAAUCCAAAUCCAAUCAGGAGAAGAUAUUGAUUCCACGUUUGAACCAGUCGACAGUGGACAUGUUGAACACGGAAUCGGUGCUGAAGAUACUAAUGCAGAUAUUAUACGAUGCUGCAUUGCCAGAAGACUCAAACCAAAUGUAUAUUGGAUCAUGGGGAUGGGCAGAAGUUGUUCACUACGCCAUGACGUUCCUUGUGUCUCUGGCCUAUUCGUGUGAUGAUGUGCCUGGCCUGCUGUGUACCGCUCCAAACUUCAACACCUGGCUCAAACGACUCACCAUUGAAUCACCCGAGCCAUAUGUGCGGAAGGAGGCCUGUAUGGGUCUGUACAAGCUGCGGCUGGGAAAGACGGCUGACAACAAGCGGUGUUACAGCUUCCUCUUCCCUAUCCUCUCCAGUCUGCUCAGUCUGCUACCCGAGGCUCUGCUGUUCAAGCCACAGAAGAAUGUGGACUUUGAUGGAGGUGGUAAGGAAAAGGAACCAUUUGGCCCUGGUUGCCGUGACUACUUUUGGCUUGUCUGCAGAGUAGUUGACAGUAUUUCAAAGGAAGAAAUUAAUGCUGAAUCGGAAAACAUUGUGGAUCUGAAUGCCCUAGCGAAAGACAUCGCCCAGCACAUAGUGAGCCGUUCCUACUACGAGACUCGAGCCGGGUAUGAGGAAGACGAUGGUCUAAUUGGCAUGUUAAACCUCUUCACGGCCGUGUUGAAACACAACCCACAGUUCAAAUCAUCACACGAGGGACAGGAGUUUCUCGAUGAGAUCUCGUCUUGCCUGUUCGCGCUGCCGUCUCCGACUAAACGCUACCUGCCGCGGUGCAAGAGCCAGGCAUCCCGAGCGGCCGCCUACGAUCUGUUGGUGGAGAUGGUGAAGGGCAGCAUUGACAACUACACCGCACUGCACGUAAACAUGAUGGUGCAGCACACCAAAGACAGCCACGCACCCUACCCAUGGGACUACUGGCCGCACGAAGACGGUCGGUCUAAGUGUGGCUACGUGGGAUUGACGAACCUCGGCGCCACCUGCUACAUGGCCACGUGCAUGCAGCAUCUCUACAUGAUUCCCCAGGCCAGACAGUCCGUACUACAGGCAAAGUGCUCCGACUAUGCCAAGCAUGAAGGGACAUUGAUAGAGUUGCAAAAAAUGUUUGCAUAUCUACAGGAGAGUGAGAGAAAGGCGUACAACCCAAAGAGUUUCUGUAAGGUGUACACGAUGGACAAACAGCCGCUGAACACCGGGGAACAGAAGGACAUGACGGAGUUCUUCACCGAUCUCAUCUCCAAACUCGAGGAAAUGUGUCCAGAAAUGAAAACACUGGUGAAAAGUCUCUUUGGUGGAGUAGUGACAAAUAAUGUUGUUUCUCUUGACUGUCCACAUGUGAGUAGAACAUUUGAAGAGUUCUACACUGUCCGAUGUCAGGUGACCGAUAUGAAAGACCUCUAUGAGUCAUUGGACGAAGUCACUGUCAAAGACAUGUUGGAAGGAGAUAACAUGUAUACUUGUUCAAAAUGUCAGAAAAAAGUCAGAGCAGAAAAACGAGCAUGUUUCCGCAAAUUGCCACGUAUCUUGUGUUUCAACACACUGCGGUACACGUUCAACAUGGUCACGAUGAUGAAGGAGAAAGUCAACACACAUUUCUCAUUUCCUCUUCGACUCGACAUGUCACCAUACAUGGAACAGAACUUAAUGGGACCAGACAAACUCCAAAUUGACGAGAGCGAGGAGGAUGAGAUAGCGAUGAUGGGAGUUGACGUUACGAUCCAGGACGAAAGCUGUGAGUACGAGCUGAUUGGGGUGACCGUACACACGGGCACGGCAGAUGGCGGCCAUUACUAUAGCUUCAUACGGGACCGGCUCAGUCACACAGAGAAUGGACAAGACAAAUGGUUUUUGUUCAAUGAUGCUGAAGUGAAACCUUUUGAUCCAUGUCAGAUUGCAUCCGAGUGUUUUGGAGGAGAAAUGACUAGCAAGACCUAUGAUUCUGUCACUGACAAGUUUAUGGACUUUUCUUUUGAAAAAACUAACAGUGCGUACAUGCUGUUUUACGAGAGAUUUCCAGCAGACAAGAAAGUUGAAGAGAUAGUGCCAGUCGAAGAGAAACGCAAAUUCAAUUUUGAGUUGCCAUCAAGCCUUGGAGAGUGGAUAUGGCGGGACAAUACCCAGUUUCUUCAAGACAAGAACCUGUUUGAGCACACUUACUUCAGCUUCAUGUGGCAGAUCUGUGGCUACAUUCCCACAACGCUGCCCAAAGAUGACGACAGCGUGGUGCCGCUGAAAGCUGCUCAGCUCAGCACAUCCUUCGUCCUCGAGACACUCAUACACGCCAAGGAAAAGCCGACCAUGUUGCAGUGGAUUGAACUGCUCACCAAACAAUUCAACUCUUGCCAUGCAGCUUGUGAGUGGUUCCUCGACCACAUGGCUGAAAGUGACUGGUGGCCUCAACAGAUCCUCAUCAAAUGUCCCAACCAGAUGGUCAGACAGAUGUUCCAGCGGUUGGUGAUUCACGUGAUCAGUCAGUUGAGGAACACCCACGUUGACCUCUACAUGCAGCCUGUAGUUGAGGGGGAUGAUGGAGAAAUAGAUAUUUCUGAACUUGGCAAUCAGUCCUGUGUUACAAGAUUUAUUAAGAAGAUGCUGGCGAUUGUUGAACAUGGAGUUCGUCCACACAGUAAAUAUCUGACAGAAUACUUCGCAUUCCUUCUGGAGUGGUCUAAGACUGGAGAUGAAGAAUGUCUCUUCCUAAUUAACAUUGGUGCGAUAUCCACCAUGAUCAACUUCUACAUGGGCCAGAAAGCACAGGAGAACUAUGUUGAGAUUCUGUCAGACGAUGAUGAGGAAGAGGAUGUGAUAUCGCUGACCGAUGACAACUAUCGCCCCGUCGCCCUCGAGAAGAUGAUAGCACUGAUUGCGUUGUUAGUGGAAAAAUCUCGUGUUGACGAAAAACAGCUUCAGAUCUUUGAACGAGAUUACAGUUCUAUCAUUGGCGUAAAGGGCUUCCCAUUUCUGUUCAGUCAGAUCCGAGACAACAUUAAUGUGCGACAGACGUGCAACCUGAUCUUUAGUCUCACCAGGUGGAGCGACAGUUUGGCAGUGGCUAUUGUAAAUAUGGUUUUUAGUGCUAUCAGAAAACUGAAUCCUGACCAAUCCCAGCCUUUCUUCAAGCUGCUGUCUAUGUUGGUAGAGUUCGUGGGAGGUCCACCAGGCCUUCCACACUACACACAGUAUGUGCUGCAGAGGUUCUGGGAGCUGACCAAGUCAUGCCCCCAGCAGUGCCUAGAGUGGUUGACCAAUCAGGUGACUCGUAACAAGUUGGCACAGGUUUGGUGUCUCAAUCAGAUGGAACCCUGGGUAGAGCAGUAUCUUCUAGCUCACAACAAUGUGCGAGUUAGGAACGCUGCUGCGUACCUGUUGGUGUCUCUGAUUCCUAGCAACCAUUUCCGACAGUCAUUCAGGUCUGCUCGCAGCAUGCUGAGUCCACACAAGGAAUUACCGAUGUCGACAGAAGCUCUCAUGGUGUUGCAUCAGGUUUAUGAACAUCUGCUGAGCCUUCUGUCUAGAGCCCGACUGUAUGUGGAUCCUGCAGUUCAUGGAACCACGAAGCUCAUGUGCUACUUCGCUGUGAUGAACUUUUGUCUCAUUUCAAGAGUUGAAAAACUCAUGUUUGGAGAAUAUUUCCUGGACAUGUGGCAACUGUUUCAACCCAAACUGUCCGAACCACAGAUCUCAAUGCAUCAUAAUAAACAGACUUUGCUGCUGUUUUGGCAUCAAGUGUGUUUGGAUUGUCCCGAGAACGUCAAGCUGAUUGUUUCCAAUCCUCACGUGUGUAAAAACAUCGCAUUCAGCUACAUUCUUGCGGACCAUGAUGACCAGGAUGUGGUGAUGUUUAACCGCGUCAUGCUUCCCGCGUAUUACGGUCUGCUGCGCAUGUGCUGUCAGCAGUCACAGUCCUUCACCCGGCAGCUGGCCCAGCACCAGAACAUUCAGUGGGCGUUCAAGAACAUCACACCCUACCCCACGCAGUACACAGUGGCUGUGGAAGAGCUGUUUAAGAUCAUGAAGCUGAUGGCGACGCGGUACCCGGACAGCACGGAAGAGGAACUGAAGGCAAUCAGCAGUUUCUGUAGAAGUAACAUCAUGAUGUACCUCCAGCUGCUCGACGGCCGAUCAACCUGGCAGACUCUGAUCAGUGCUUUCAAGAUCCUGGUGGAGACGAGAGAAGAGAGGGUCUUGUUGAUUUACCAUUCCGGACUUCAGAAGAUAACAGAGGCAUUCUACACCCUGCAUGUGAUGUACCAUGAAGCCACCGCCUGCCAUGUCACAGGGGACAUUGUGGAUCUGCUCACGAUUCUGCUACACAUACUGGAGACCGGCAAGGAAUGCCAUGACAAAAAAGCUCAAGGUUGUGCGGACGUCAAAGCGUGUUUGUUCAGCUGGAAGGAACGCUAUGAGGUCGUCAAGAAACUCAUCACUUUGCUCAACUCAUACACGCCACCGGAAGUUAGGAGCAUAUGUUUUGAAGUGUUAAAGCAGAUGAUUCUCAUCUUCCAAGGAGAGUGUAUCAACGUGAUGGUCCCCAUUCUUACGCAGGCCCAUGCCUCCUUCCAAGACAGCAAUAUACCAGUGGCUAUGGGUCCCUACUUUCCAAGACGAGGUCAGAAGCCUAUUGGAUCAAAAUCAAACAUUCGACCACCGAGACCUCAGUUUCAGAUGUUUCUGCUCAGUAGUCAAAUAGAGAUUACAAAGGGCGUUGAUGAAGUGUACGACCAGGCUUUAUCAGACUACAUUCUGCCGUAUCACCUGUUGAUGGACACCAUGGUGCGGGUUUCUGUGAAUCAGCAGAACACAAGUGAAGCAUUGAUAAACCUAAGUGCAAUGGUAGCCUUCGAGGGUGUUCCUCUUCACCUGCCUUACUUCGCCAAGCUGUGGACAGAGAUCUAUCAUUCUGGACAGGCUGACAAAGGAUAUGUCCAGGCUCUGUGUAACAGUUCGUCAUUCAUCGACUACGUGGAUGCUGUGUUACUUGAUGAACGCAUGUCACUCAACAACAGUGUCAUAUAUCAGUUCUUCUGCAACUUCUUUCCGAAGGUAUAUCAGCAGGUGUUACAUGACCAGGGCAGGUCGAUGCUGGGUAAUGCGUUACUUGACAGCCUGGUGGCAUCGGUCACAGCAGAAAAGUCAGCAUUUGAAAACGUCAAGUCCGACAGAGAGCUUCUCCAUAUCUGCAACAGACUGACUGGGGAUCUGAGAGCUAUGCUCAUCAUUUUCUCGGUGCAGACACCUAAACAGGUGAGUCCUCUACUCACGGAGAGCUUGGAGCUGAUUCUCAGCGUGUGUCGCUCACACCAGCAGAAACGAGUGGAGAUGGAGACAAAGGUGGAGGUGUCGUCCCAGCAACAAGACGAGGAGACCGAGGCACCGGCUCUGCCGGAGAAACAAGACAAAGGGGAGGUAACCCAAGAACUGGACAGCGAGCAGAUGCAACAGCAAGAGAGGGGAGACGACUCCGAUCAGAACGCCGACUCCAAUGUGGAUGUGUGUAUGGAGGACACAACCAGCGCGGAGAGCGAGGAGGUGAAAGAGAAGACUUGUGAGGAGAACACGUCGGCUGACAGUAACCAGCGACAACAGUUGGUGGAGGAAGAAUCAGGAGAAAUCCCUUCAAAGCGACGCCGAAUAAGCCAUGAUGCUGAUGAAGAACAACAAAAGACUGACAGAGAAACUCCAGGUGAUUCUGGGCCACACAUUCAGGAGGAUGUGGAGAAGACGACGACACAGAAAUCCCCUGAGCCCUCGACGAGUUCCGCUAGCGAGCCACCCCAGCCCAGUACGAGCACGUCCUCAACCGGUCUGUCCCAGAGUCCCCGAGAACGUCCCAACAAAGUGGACGUCGUCGCCAAACAUAUCGAAAUGCUGCUGGGUCUGAUUCAGAAACAGUGAAGAAAUAUCGCCCACCUGUCUGUUGUAACUUGGAGGCCGCCAGUACUUGAUUAAACUUGUGGCGCUCGGUACGUGUUGUAACUAAGUGACUGCCAGUACCUGUAAAAACUCGGAGGCUGCCAGUAUUUGUUUAAAGUCAUGGCUGUCGGUAUGUGUUGUAACUGUGACUGCCAGCAUUUGUUUAAAGUCAGUGGCUGCCAAUAUCUGUUUAAACACAGUGGCUGCCAAUAUCUGUUUAAACACAGUGGCUGCCAAUAUCUGUUUAAAUUCAGUGGCUGCCAAUAUCUGUUUAAACUCAGUGGCUGCCUUUAUUUGUUUAAACUCUGUGGCUGCCAGUAUUUGUUUAAACACAGUGGCUGCCAAUAUCUGUUUAAAUUCAGUGGCUGCCUUUAUCUAUUUAAACUCAGUGGCUGCCUUUAUUUGUUUAAACUCGGUGGCUGCCAGUAAGAGUUGUAAUUUGAUGGCAAAUGCAUGAGUUGGAGGCUGAAUAACAGUAUUCCCCCAUGCUGGGAAUCUGUGGGGCAAAUCCUUUCCGAUGAAAAUGUGAUUGCUGAAAUUGAUUUUAAUGUACAUAUGAAGAAGGAAAAAAAAGAAGUUGCCAAGUCUGUUUUAGUGUCCUAUCUGACACAACAGAUUCAUACAGGUUUGGUAAGCAUAUAAAAGGAUAUGUGCAUAUUUUGUUGGUCAGGUAUGGGGUCAUGUGAAUUGUGAUGUGUUUAUAUCAGCAGUUGGAUGUGUUUUGAUGACCCCAGUUGAAACAUCUAAUAGUAAUGACAUGCCUAGUUGUGAAAUGUGACAUGUUUUGACAUGACUGAUUUUGAAAUCAUGUUUUUAAAAUUUUCUUCUCUAUGUGAUGAGAUGAGCCCAGAUGUGAAAUGUAACAUUCUGAUGUGCCCAGAUGUGAAAUGUAACAUUCUGAUGUGCCCAGAUGUGAAAUGUAACAUUCAGAUGUGCCCAGAUGAGAAAUGUAACAUUCUGAUGUGCCCAGAUGUGAAAUGUAACAUUCUGAUGUGCCCAGAUGUGAAAUGUAACAUUUUUAUGUGCUCAGAUGUGAAAUGUAACAUUCUGAUGUGCCCAGAUGAGAAAUGUAAAAUUUUUAUGUGCCCAGAUGCAAACUCUCAGAUGUGACCAUAUCUGAAAGUUGACAUUUUGCUAUAGCUUGAUGACAUAUUCUGAUGAUGAAUUUUGACAUACCCACAUCAGUGUUGUGUCCACUUUUGGUGUGACCCGAUGUGAAAUGUAACAGGUUUUGAGGUCGCCAGAUGUGAAAUUGGAUGAGUUUUGACACACUUUGUGGAAAUGCGACAUUAUUUAAUAUGCCCAGCUGAGAAAUCUGAAAGUAUGAUUUGCUUCGUGGUCUCUUUUCAAGAUGGAACGACUCUAGAAACUAUAGAUGACCAUUAUUUUUCAUUAUUUCUACAAAUGUGAAAUAUUUCGUCUUACAGUUGACUGUUUUUACCUGGGCCAGGAGGGAAUGUUAUUUUAAAAGUGCACUGGUUAUAAGCUGUUAGCUUCCAAUGACAAUUGUUUGAACUGAAAUGUGUGCAUUGUUUUAUGAUUAGUUGAGUGAUUUUAAGAAAACAAAAACGGAAAAUAUCUUUAUGUUUAGUUAAAAACUUUUAGCUGUUAAAUGACCCUCUGUAUCAAAUUAUAGUUGCAAGACACUGACAUGUCAAUUUUAAAGAGAAAGUGGUUAUAUAAUAAUAUUAAUAAUAAACCUUGCAGUCGGCAGUGCUGUGGAGAUUGCAGAGCAGUUUUAUUUUCUGCAGAACUUUUUUUUAUGUAGACUGUAUUCAGUUGCAUUGUUUUUUUCAUGGCAUGAUGUUUUGUUUUGGAUAUUUUUUUAAUUGCAGAGAUUGUAAUAACAUAGUUAAUAUUUUAUGUGGAAAUCUGAUUUAAGAAAAACAUACCAAACCAGUGCAUAACAAAAGUUGUGUGUGCAUUAUAACACAUUGGCCAUCCAUUUUUGACUGAGAGUAAAUAUAAAUACAGCACAUCUAAUUACAACUGGACAUAUUUAAUAUUAUCCCAAGACAAAUCCUCUUUGGAUAUUGUGGAUCUGUGUGAAUGUUAUAAGCUUAAUUAUUACAGUAUGUUUCAUUUCAUGUAUGUUUUUUGGCUCAUAAUAGCUCAUUGUCAUUGAUGAAUUCAUGAUAAAAAUGUGAAAGAUAAAACAAAUUCAUGGUAUCAUUUUAUGCCUCAACUGUCAUUCUGUUCAUGUGUCAGACAAUUGUAAAUUCACAUUGCAAUCUGUUAGUUACAUGAUUAACAGUAAUCCUUUAACUAACAGUUACAAACCUUUUUUCAUGUAUUACAAAAAUCCAUCUGUUCCGAAAAAAUUGACUGAUAUUUUUUAGAGACAGCGAGUAAGAAAAUAAAAUAAAUACUACCUCAGUACAAAAUCAGUUUGUUUAACAGACAUUUAAAAUGUCAGUAUAACUGAGAACCUUGAGUGUUAAGGUUAUGCUGAUAUGAUUUUUGUAACUGAUGUUCUCAAAAUUAAAAGCCUUAGGUUUGUUAGUUUAAGGCAUGCUUAACAUUAACACAAUUUCAUGCACAUUGUUGCCACGAGUUUAUCAAUGUAGUACAUUUAGAUGGUAUGUUUUCCAUAUAUGCAAUUCUGCACGCAGGUAUUCAAUGCGCUGAAAUAAAAUAUCAAUGUACUAUUUUCCCGCGAAGUAUUUACUUUUAGCUUAACAGUACACUUCUGCUUGUGAAAACGUAGAUAUGGAAACAUACAUUUCCGCAUGCAGAAACACAUAUAAUAAAUUGUGUGUAGAAAAGCACAUGAUAAAUUGCGGGCGGAAUCACCUUAAUGAAAUGUGGGCCUUUAAGUCCCAGUCUCGCCUUCCUUUAGAGGAACUCCCCUUUUCUACCAUUAAAUCACAUAUUACUUAAAACUUCUUACUUAAAUUAUAUUUUGAAAAAUCCAGUGUGUUUGUGGUCAUGCUGGUGUCUUUAGUAGCUCCAAAUACAUUUGAUGCCAGACAGAAAAGGUACAUAUCUAGGAAACUACUCAUGCAAAACACAGGUUUAAUACAUUCAGAUAUUUUUACAAUCGGCUUACAUCAUCAAGGGCUAACCUUCUUUAAGAGAUCAGUUUGAUGAGAACUAUAUUUGUACAACCGUAUGUUACACUUAGUCGGUGAAUGAAAAGCAUUUUAUGUCAUAGGAAGAAAGCAAUAGUUGCCAGUCUAUUUAAAGAGCUUAAUGGAAAUACGCAUUUUAUACUAAAUGUUGGGGUUUUAAGAAUACUAUCUUUCUUUUUUUCAGUCUGAAUUAAGAAAGUUUAAUUUUGUCAAGUCUCUCUUUCAUAAUUUUUCACUUGUUAAGUAUUUUGAUAUUUGUCUUUUUAACAUAAUGUUCAAUUUAUAUUUCAGAUGUUUUAGAAAUUUGUGUUUAAGAGUAUCAUACUAUAAUUCAGUGUCAGUUUUUGUGUGUGUGGAACGUAAAACUUGCAUUAGAUACAAACACAAACAUCACAUAUGACAGAUUUAUUUUAGUGAAUAAUGUUUGACAAACUCAUUCGAACCAUUUAUAAAAAAUGGAUGUUUUAAUUGCAAGUUAAAUGACAAUUAUUGUGAACAAAGUCAAAAUGAUUGUGUCAGGAUGUUGUUCUCUGAUCAAUCUUAAUACACAUAGCAUAUAUAUUAUUUCAUGUUAUCAGUGAAACACACAAGAAAAUAAUGAAUCCACACAAUUAUGAGAUUCUAAAUUCACUUAGGCCUCAAAGGCUGGGGUGAGUUAUAAAUGAGGACAUGAAAGGGUGGGGGUGGCACUGAGGUUUGAAGCCCUGUCACCCAGUUACCUACCUGUACAGGUAUAUAUGUGUGGGUGUGUUCACUACAGCUUGAUGUAUUCAUAUGCAGGAUGUGGUUCACAAAUACUUUUCUCAUUACUGUUAUUCUUAAUGAUUUACAGUGUGUGCUUGAUUCUAACGAAAAAUAUUGCCAAUGACAUUUAUUCUAACAGAUUUUUUUUUGUUGAUAAUGCAAAUACACAUACAUACAUACAUACAUACAUAUAUACAUGUUAGAAUAAGUAACUUUUUAAAAGAAAAAUCACUCAAAAGUUUUCUUUCAUUUUAAAAGUGAAAUUUUAUGUUGUUUCAGUUUGUAUUAAUAUGUAAAAGUGACUAUGUUUUAUUCUUGUUUUGAUUAUUGUUGUACAUGCACAAUAUCCUGUAUUUUAAUGCUCGUUUCCUAAAUUUCACACAAUGUAGUAGGUAAAUUAUUUUAAUAUUGUUUUGGACAUCUUUUACCAAAAAACCCUUUAAUCUCUGCUAACAAAAUGUCUGCAUCAUAUUCACCUUCUCGAGGUUGUGAUAGAAGAUUCAUCGAACAACUUGACAUUUCCCCCAUACAUUUUUAAGGUAGGGAAGGGGCCCAGAAUUGCUGUCAAAGGAAAUUUGAGCAUAUACCAUACCAGGUUAAAGCCAUCAGUAACGUUAAUAUUUCCUCUUCAUUUUUACAAUUAUUUUAGUUUCACUUUAAUCAUGUUUCUAGUUAUUGCAGUCAUGUUGCUACUUUUAUAAAAAAUUAAAUUUUAGUUUCAUUUCAAUAAUAUUGGUAAUUUCAAGGCCAGAGAACACCAGUGAUAACUUGAAAUUGAGAAAUAAACUUUCAACUUGUCAGAGACAAGUACAAUUUCAGCAAAGCAUAUACAGUGGUAUCUCAUAAUCUAAUAUGCUUCUUAUCAUUAUAUCAAAAAGAAAAUAAGAAUAUUUUAAUAUUUUAUUUCAUGCUGGAGUAGAUUUACCACAGAUUUAAAUGAAUUAUGUAAUUGGAAAUAUAUUACAAUUUGGACUUCAUAUUUUAUAGCUAUUACUGUAAAAAAAAAAUAAUGCUGUAACAAAAAGAGUUUUAAUUUUUAAGUUUGUUUAAAAAUGAUUUAUAUAGUACCAUCUUUUUUUCUGCCACUAUAAAAAUUAGAUAAGUAUUGUAUAACCUUUUAAAAUAUUAAAAAGGUUAAAAUUAUUUAUGAACAUGAUAUCUAUUUUAGGAUGUGUGAUUAAAACUGUCAUAUUGACAAAUUGCCAUUGAUAAUUAACAUGGAUAUAUGGGGUUUUAAUGUUAAUAAUUUUUUUUUGCUUUGUAAUAAAAUGUUUUUAAGCAAA